AUGCAAGGCACCAUUUACCCACCCCAGGACUUUAAUCCUGGUAUGGAUGCAGAGAUGUUAUAUGGAGCCUUUCAAGGAAUGGGAUGUGACAAAGAUGUGCUGAUUGACAUUCUGACACAGCGCAGCAAUGCUCAGAGACUAAUGAUUGCAGAGGCCUACAGAGAGGUGUAUGGCAGGGACCUGAUCGCUGACCUUAAGGAAAAUCUGUCUGACCACUUCAAACAAGUCAUGGUUGGCCUGAUGUAUCCACCAGUGCUCUAUGAUGUUCAUGAGUUAUGGCAUGCCAUGAAGGCAGCAGGAACAGAUGAGAACUGCCUCAUUGAUAUUCUUGCCUCAAGAACAAACGAGGAGAUCUAUAGGAUCAAAGAAGCUUACUCCUUGGAGUACAAUAGUGACCUUCAGCAAGACUUGUAUUCUGAAACUUCGGGACACUUCAGAGACACACUGAUUAAUCUUGCUCAGGGAGUCAGAGCGCAAGGGUAUGCAGAUCCAGUCAUGGCUGCUCAGGAUGCUAUGGUUCUAUGGGAGGCUUGCCAGCAGAAAACAGGGGGCCAUAAAAACAUGCUGCAAAUGAUCCUGUGUAACAAGAGCUACCAGCAGCUGUGGAUGGUUUUCCAGGAAUUCCAAAGUAUUUCUGGCCAGGACAUUGUAUGUGCUAUACGUUCAUGCUAUGAUGGGUAUUUUCAAGAACUUUGUGUUGCAAUCAUUCUCUGUCUCCGAGAUAGAUCGUCAUAUUUUGCAUACAGACUCUACAAUGCCAUACACGAACUGGGCUUUCAUAAUAAAACUGUUAUAAGGAUCCUGGUUUCUAGAAGUGAAGUGGAUCUCAUGAACAUUAGAAGGAGGUACAAGGAAAGAUAUGGAAAGUCCCUCUUUCAUGAUAUAAAGCACUAUGCCUCUGGACAUUAUGAAAGAGCUUUAAUUGCCCUCCUUGCUGGCGAUGUUGAAGACUACUAACGAAAAGGAAGCAGCUGGAUAAUAAGAUAAAUGUGUAAUAAAAAAAGUUUCUGUAUGCUACAUUUAAACAGUUAAGCCGUUGUGACUGGUUAUUUGGAAAUAUGCAAAUAAUUGAACAUAAUAACAAUAAAAUAUUUCAAACUA